AUGAGGGGAAUCGUACUAGCCCUCCUGCUCACCCUUGCGGGGAGCCAGAAGUUUCCAAACAGAGACCAGAAGACCCAGAACAAAGGCCUGCCACCAGGAAUCGGAACCGAGACUCUUGUACCCAGACCAGUUUUUGAAGAUGGACGAGCCUACCUCUUCGACUAUGAAGGUGCUAUCCAGAGUACAGUGCAUGGAGACGAUCUAGGGGAAUCGACGAUGAAGAUACAUGCUAAAAUAGCCAUCUAUGGACAGAGUCGGGAGCACGUCCUCCGAAUUAAGUCUAUUGAAUUGGAAGAAGCUGUUGGAUUCCACUCAAGACAGGAAUUCCAUGCACCUCCCAAGCAGCCUGAAGAACUGACCAUGUGUACCCAGUAUUCCUACUACUUUGAAUAUGAUGGAAAAAUUAAGGCGAUCCAUGUAUCAAACGGAAUACCUGUGCUCUGUGUUAACCUGGUCAGAGGUGUCCUCAAUAUGAUGCAUGUAACACUGGAAAAGCAGAUAACAUAUGAAGUUCAAGAGACGGGACUUCACGGUGAUUGCCCAGCCCGGUACGUCAUCCAAGAGGACAAGGAUAGAAAUGUUAUUGUUGCCAAGGCCACGAACUUGAACAACUGCAAUAAAAAAAUUGUACGGAACCUUGGAAUGUCCUACAUCAAUGUUCUGCCUAACUGCACACUGAGCGAGAGAAUGGUUCAAGGGACUACUUCAUAUGUCAUGACGUUGAAGCGUCUUCCUGGUAGAACUGCCCAGAUCACUGAAGUUGAGGCUCAGCAAGUGUUCCAGGUUUCUCCAAUCAGUGAGGCUGAUGGUGCUGGAGUAAUGCGAGCUUGGCAAAGACUUUCCUUGAUUGAUGAGCCAACUCAAGAAGUCCCAGAUGUGGAACAGAAAGGGAAAGGGGAGCAGCGCAGGACUGUAGACAUUUAUUAUGAGUUCCCUGAAGAUCUUCCUCAGAUGAUUAUCAAUGUUGGAGAGCCUGAGAAUCGGGUUGAAGAAAUAUUGGAAGAGUUAGACCGCUUAUCAGACAUCCCUGUAGAGGCUCUCCCCAAGUACACCGAGCUGAUCCAGCAACUCCGUCGUUUGAAUCUUAAGAGUCUGCAAAAGUUGUUCAAAAAUUUUGAGGAGAGACCAAAAGCCAGACAAGCCCUGCUGCUUGGAAUCAUAUAUGCAGGCAAUUCCAAUACACUGAAGUUCAUCAGAGAUAAAGUGGUCAAAGAAGAACUGCCAACUAAUGAAUUAUAUUGGGUUGUUCCCAUCACCCUCCACUUCGCCAACCCAGACAUUUCUAAAGUGGAAGAGACAGCUAGAAUGGCUGCAGAAAUAGUUGAGAAAUUCAGUACUUCCAGAUCAUUUUGGCUUCAGAAGCUGAUCUUUUUGGCACACGGUUCCCUCACCUACAAGCAAUGUUCUCAGGUUCGGUCAUGCCCCAAUAAAUUCUUAGAGCCUAUUCACAACUAUCUAAAUGAGGCAAUCAGGGAAGGCAAUGAGAACAGAAUGAUCUUGGGCAUGAAGACUAUUGGCAAUACAGCUCUGGCAGACAGCUUGAAGAUAAUAAAGCCUCUGACUGAGAGUGGUAAAUAUUCACUAUAUGUCCAGGCUGUUGCCGUUCAGACCCUGAUGCGCAUUGGCAAACAGAACCCUGAACUGGUGCAAAGGGUUCUCCUUCCGAUUUAUAUGAAUGAUUCACGUUCUGUCAUAAUCCGAAAGCUGGCUUGCAUGGGACUCUUGGAAAACAACCCUCAGCCCGCGUUGGUGACUGUUAUGGCUACAGCAGCACUGAAUGACAGCAAUAUGGACUUUGUUAGCUUUGUCUACUGUCAAAUGAAGGCUUGGUCAAAUGUCAGGAUCCCAGCAUACCUCCGCCUGGCCCGUGCUUGCAGACUUGCCCUUAAACUCAUGGACUCUGUAUUUGACCGAGUGAAAUAUCAGUAUAGCAAGGUGGUUUAUCUCAGCAUUUUCAACAGUUUACACAGAAUUGGUUUUCUUGGGAAAUGGUUUUUGAUUGAUGAUCCCAGGUCAAUGUUCCUCUCAAAUAUUGUACUUAAGACAGAAGCGUUCUUCUCGGGUACAAUGAUUCAGCCAUUUGAGUUUGCUUUGCAUGCUGAGGGCAUCAAGGAAUGGCUCUGGCAACAAAACUUCCCAUUCGACAAAUACUCUACCCAUCAGAAGAUAAAAGACACUGAAGCAAAGUUCCCAGACUUCAAACAUGUACCUCUCCAAAAGCCUUUGUUGUCUGCCUCUCUCAGAGUGCUUGGCCAAGAACAGAUCUUUUUUACCCCUGAUGAACUCAUGCACAUUAUGAAGCUUGGUGGAGGAAAACUGUAUUCGGCUGAAGCAUGGCAGAUGGUCUAUUUAUUAACCAAAAUUCUUGAUGUACAAACGACUCAGAUAUUGAAUUUAGAGGUUCGUCAAAUACAACCCUGUUCUCUUGGUUUGCCAGUUGAAGUAAGCGCCAAUGGAAUUGUCAUGGUACAAGCUGCAGUAAAGGUAAAAACAGUGGAUAGUCUUGGAGAGCGUUUGGAAACUCGACUUGACAGCAAGAUCAUCCUCCAAGGCCGGGGAAAGUUUUUCUGGGGUGUUAACACAGGUUUCUCACAGCACAUUGUGGAAAUGACAGCAAAAUUCCGUACUCAGGGAGCACUCAAAUUGAAUGCCACAUUGGACAAGCGAACAAAGAACCUCAGAGUCGACAUUGAGCCAUUCCAUGACCGAUUUGAGCUGGGAUUGGCAGGCCAUGAGGCACAUGUUGUAGCAAGAUACCCACACACUGAGAAGAAAGCUCCAGUUCUUCCAGAAGCACCUGAAAUUGACAUUUUGAAUGAAGAGUUCAAAUCCAGAAGAAGUGACACCCAACAAAAAAGUGAGUUCUACAAAUCCAGGCCUGAAGACAGAUGCUUUCGGUUUGCAGCAUAUCCAAUGAAGAUCUGUUUCGAGACCGUCAAGAAAACAAAAGAUGUUGUGUCCGUACGGAAGACAUGGCUGCACAUGUUAUGUGAAGCUCAUGAAAUGAGGACAAUGCUGAUAACAGAUGUUGCUGUGGACAAGAUCAGUUGUGAGUUCCAACAAGACCAUGAAAUACCACGGUCAAAAAGAGAAGUAAGACCUGAUGAAGACGAGAGUCCAUAUGAAGCAGAGAAGGCUGGAAGCAGAACUUUGAAGAAGAUUUACAAGGACGAAAAAGGACAAGAUCGUAAACCCUUCAGAAAACCAGAGAGUUCCAGCUCUUCCUCCACUGAUGAGACUUCCUCUAGCUCUUCUUCCUCUUCACAAAAAUUGCAAGAAAAAAGGAAAGGUGACAGCAUAGCAGCAGCAGCAGCGACAGUGACAGCAGUCGCAGUAGCAGCAGCAGCGACAGCAGCGAUAGCAGCAGCAGUGACAGCAGUAGCAAGUGACAGCAGCAGCAGUGACAGCAGUAGCAGUGACAGCAGUAGUAGCAGCAGCGGCAGCAGUGACAGCAGCAGCAGUGACAGCAGUAGCAGUGACAGCAGUAGUAGCAGCAGCGGCAGCAGUGACAGCAGCAGCAGUGACAGCAGUAGCAGUGACAGCAGUAGUAGCAGCAGCGGCAGCAGUGACAGCAGCAGCAGUGACAGCAGUAGCAGCAGCAGCGAUAGCAGCAGCAGCGACAGCAGCAGCAGUGAUGAUAGCAGCAGCAGUGAGAGUGAUCAGAUCAGUGAAAAGGGCGACAAAAAAGACAUCUACAUGUUUAGCUUCAGAUCAGUUAAACAGCAGAAACAGCAACCUAGUGGCAAACAGAGGCCAACAAGCAGCAGCAGCAGCUCUGACAACACAGUUGAAGAAUAUGACGACUCUUCCUCUGGUUCCAGUUCUAGCUCUAGCAGCGAAGAAGACAUCAAAGACUCUUCGCUGGAACUUGUCCUGCAUGCUCAUCUUCACUUCAUCUGCCAUGACAAGAAACAAUAUGGACUCGAUGUUGUGAUAUAUAAAGGCCUGGAGACAGUACAAAUGACUGUGAAAGACAUCAAUCGCCCAAAUAAGCCUAUUGCUGUCUUUAAAGCUGUCAUGCCCAACCCUCACAAAGUUGUGACCUCUCUGACAGGAAUAUGGGAUUCCAGGGACUACAGGUUUGCACUGGAAACUGAGACCGGCUGGUUUGCUGAUUAUCCAGCUCUUCGAUGGAAACUUGACUAUCCCAGGAUUCCUCCAUUCAUUGCUAAUCUGACUGAGCCGAUUGUUGCAAGGAUCCCUGGAGUAGCUUACAUGCUAGGCUUCUUACAUAAAGUUCAAAGAAACCCCGCUAACCGGAUUACAUUGGUCUUUGCUCUGACUGGCCCAAGAAGCUAUGCUGUAGUCUUGAAGCUCCCAACGGAAGGCACUGUCUAUGCUGAAGACUGUAUGCUUCCACUCCCAGUACCUUUUAGACCAACUGUCCACACCUCAGAAAUUUUGGAUGUUCCAUCGAGGGUCCUUGCUAGCCUGAAUGGUGUUUGUAAAGUAGAAGGUCAAACAAUCACAACCUUCAGUGGAGAAACUAUCAACAAAGGACUGGUUUCAGACUGUUUCCUGGAUUUGUUACAAGACUGUACCUGUCACAAGAAGAUUAUGGUGCUGAUGAAAUAUGAAUCUGCCAAUGACAACAACAUACUAGUCAAUAUCACUAUUGGCAACACGGAAAUUGUUUUCAAAUCUCGCAAUGGACAGCUCAUAACCAUAAUUAAUGGUACAGAGAGUAAACUGGAAAAACUUAGAGAUGGCAUUGAAGAUGACGGCAUACGGAUGGUUGUUAAUAGGCCAAGAGAGGGCGUGCUUGAUCUUUCGGUUCCCAGUCUUGGACUUCGUGAAUUGACCUACAAUGGACAUAAUGUCAUGAUUACAGUCACUCCUGAGAUGGGAUAUACCUGUGGUCUCUGUGAGUUGUAUGGUGGAGAGUCAGAGAAACUCCGAAGACCUGAUGGCUCCUCAGCUAUGGAUCUUGUGAGCUUUGCUCAGUCCUGGGUAGUCUCUGAUGCAGAGGAUGGAGUCUGCAGACUGCAACAAACAACAGUAGACCAAGAAGAGUCCUGAAUUUCUGAAGCAAACUCACUCGCUGACCUGACAAAUCUUGAUGAAAAAUCUGAAGACCGCAUAGACGCAAUUGGAUCCCACACUGCAUGUAUUUCCAAGGGAACAUGUUAGAAACCUGUAAUAUUGUUUCCUGUGCAGGCCGGUGUGUUAAUUCUAGGCAAAUGCACAGAUCCUAAAUUAAGUAUUUUAAAAGUAUUGUGCAACUUCAAAUCUGCCAUAUCCCUAUGGAAACAAAGCUAUGUGUGAAUUAAAUUGAUAAUUUUCUAAUAAACACUUGCAUUCAAAAAGAAAAAA